UCUAGAGCCCAUUCGACCGACAAGUGUCCACAAGAGCGGUCGUACACAUAUUCACCUCUUCUCUCUCAUUUCUCUUUUCCUCUCUGUUUUCUCUCUUGAUAUUCUAUCCACUACUGUUUUGGUUUCUCCUACGUGCGUACACGAGUUCAAUCCUGCGGGAUCAACAUUUUUGAUUGUGCUGAUUUUCAGUCCAGGAUUUUUUUUUGUUUGUGUGUGAAGGGACAGAACAGAAACAGGAGGAACAAACAAAAAACAGGGAAUGUCGUCAAAAAUGGCGUCGACGUCGUCAUCUUCGUCGUCGGCUGGCUCGUCUCCGCACCUGUGCCUCCGCUGGAACAACUACCAGUCGAACUUGACGAGCGUCUUUGACCAGCUGCUGCAGAACGAGACGUUCGUCGACGUCACUUUGGCCGCCGAUGGACACGCCAUCAAGGCCCACCGAAUGGUUUUGUCGGCCUGUUCGCCCUAUUUCCAGCAUCUCUUUUUCGACAACCCGUGCCAGCAUCCGAUCGUCAUCUUGAAGGACACGCGCUGGCCGGAACUCAAGGCCAUUGUCGAGUACAUGUACCGUGGUGAGAUUUCCGUCGCCCAGGAGGAGUUGACGUCGUUGUUGCGCGUCGCCGAGACGCUGAAAAUCCGGGGUCUCUCCGAACUCAACAGCGACCGACACGCCGCUGCUGCCGCCGCUGAUGAUCGCAGCGAAUCGAGUCCAAUGGCCAGCGUCCAUCCGACCAAUUUAGCGGGACCCUCGUCGUCUGCGUCGUCUGGACCGGCAGCUGUUAGAAGAUCGACGCAGAGUCCGUCGUGGCCGUCGUUACCUCAUCAUCAGGGAGUUUGGCCGAGCCACGUGAUGGAUGAAGAAAUGGCAACGACGCCAUCGCCCACACCGGCGCCAGCCUCUCGAUCGUCUGGUGUCAAACGACGUCGUGUUUCGGGAUCUGAGAGUCCGCUCGGUGGAGCUUCGAGUCCGGCAGCUGCCUCCACCCCGGGGAUGCAUCAUCAACAUCACGAAGAGGCCAGUUUAGACCAUCACGACGGCCCACUCUCGUUGGUCGGCCAUCAACAACAAGCGCCGCCGCCGCCACCACCGCCUCACAGUCCGGUCGCUGCGCCUCAGGCCUUGACCCAGGCACCGCCUCCUCCUUCGUCUCUCCAUCAACAUCCACUGGUGCACUCGGACGACCUUGAUAUUAAACCCGGCAUCGCCGAACUCAUCCGCGAAGAAGAGAGGGCUCGAAUGCUGGAAGGGACUCACCCGUGGCUGACCGCUUCACCGUCGGUGCUCUCAGACACGUACCAGUACCAAUUGCAGGCGCUGUGGCAGAAAGCUUGGGCUACCGGACAGGGUGUCAUGCAAAACUUGCGUUUCCGUGAGCGUGGUCCUUUCAAAACUUGGAGGCCAGAAACCAUGGCCGAGGCCAUCAUGGCCGUUCUCCGCGAAGGAUUGUCGCUGUCCCAGGCUGCCAGGAAAUUUGACAUUCCGUACCCGACGUUCGUGUUGUACGCCAACCGCGUGAAUAACAUGCUCGGGCCUUCGGCCGACGGUGGACCAGAAUUACGCCCUAAAGGCCGCGGCAGACCGCAAAGAAUAUUGACCGGUUCAUGGCCAGAAGAUCACGUUCACGGAGUCAUACGGGCCGUCGUCUUUCGUGACCCCAGCAGCCUUCCCCGACAUAUUGACCGCGAAGAUGCCAGUAAAUUAACGGCCAAUCGAUCGGCAUCAAGUGCUAACAUGAGUCGUUUAUUGGCUGUCCAUCCACCACAAUCGAUUCAGAAUGAACUUGGUGGAAGCAGCGGAUCGGGAAUGCGCGGCUUGAUUCAGACAGCCAUGAAUAAUGGUAAUAGCCACAAUUAUAAUCAUGAAUUCGCACUGCCAUCCUCCUCCAACAUUACUGGCACGUAUAGUCACGGAGCGUCCCUCCUAACCGGUGCAUCUUCUUAUCCAUCAAUGCGAUCAGUUGCUGGACCGUCCUCCGGUGCCAAUGCAGUAAAUGGUAUCAUGGCUGAUCUAAUGGCCGGCAAUGGACCGAUGGGACCCACCAAUAAUGCCAAUAACAAUAUGCAAAGCGGAUCUGGAUCGAGUACUGGUUGCGUGAGUGGAAGCAGCCUAACACCGUCGUCGCUGUUUAGCGCUCUACAACAGGAAGUGGCGGAAGAGACGCGAUUGGCCGCUUUGAACGCGAUGACUCAACGUUUGAUGACUACACUGGAAGGUACGUCGCGGUUUCAUCAUCCAAGCAAUGGGCGUUGCUUAACCUCGGGACGUGAUCCAGGUGACAACUUUGGAUUGGGCGCUGCCUGUAACCAACAACGGGCUACCGGUGGCAUUCAAAAUCCAGCGGCUGCAGCAGCAGCCGCCCUGGAGGCGGCAGCGUGGUUCGGUCCUAGCAGCAGCUUUAGCGGUCAACUGCCCAUCGUUGAUUUAGCUGCCGAUGACGUCACAGUAGCCGAAGAUGAUGACGUUGAUGAGGAAGACGAUGAUGCCGUACAACACCUGGCCUCUUUUGGAGCUCAUCACAAUCCAGCAGUCACCAAUCCCAUUCAUUCUAAACAAGAACAGCUGUUUGGAGAAUAGCUCUUCUUUUUCUUUGUUAUCUAGUGGAUAAAGAAAGAAAACGUGAAUUUUAUUUUAAUAUCCCCAACGUCAUGAGAGUGGAAAUUGAAUGACGCUAAUGGCUAAACAAAUAGUGAGAUUCUAAAGCUGCGCUAGAUAUCUUCAUUCGUCGUCCAACAAUUUGUUGUCGAGUACCGAUUUUAAAUUUUAUUUUAUUCAUUUUUUUUUAUCACGAAGAUUGUUGAUCUAGAUGACAGGUGACAUUAGUACGGACGGAGUAGACAGUGACGUCAAUCAAGUGUCUAGUCUCUUUACGCACCACAUGUUUUUUUGUUGUAUAUCCGUCUUUAAUGAACGCACCCAACCAAAGUUUUAUUUACACGUUCGAUAUCUGUGUUUAAAAAGACCCGAUCUCCUGUAUUGCCAUCAAAAGGCUAAAGGACCAUAUUCACUCGGCACGUGUAAACAAUGGCAAUUUCCCGUCCUCACCCAAAACAAUUGAAAACGCAAGAAUUGAAAUUGGUGUUUGGUCUUUCACAUUUAGACUUUCGUUCAGUACGAAACGGUGACGUCGUUUUUACGCACUGACUGCCAUUGCUUUUUAUUGAUUCAAUCGUCUCGCGUGAAAAUUAAUUGUGAACGCAUUCAAAUCGUUGGGAACUGCGCGCUAGCUGUCCUGUUUAACUAUGCAUUUAAAAACAGUUGAAACACGAGCGGGACUAAAAAAACGAGAAGAUUUUAUGCUUAGGUUUAAUGGAUAAUUCUUGAAUGAUUUGACCUGCCAAUAAUCACCGCCCACACGUUUUAUUUUCCCGAAAAAGGGGGUUCCCCCUUUUAAACCCACUUUCAUACUGAGACCAUCCAUGCGACACAGAGGCAAGAUGGUAGACUCAUCUUUUGAUUUUUGUGUCUAGACUUCUUGUGCUUUAUUCGGCCGAGCUGACGGUUGGCACCAAGUAAAUUUUUUAGAACUAACCACUGUGAAUAUUCGUUUGUAACUGGUAGCAUAAAACCAUAUAUGAUCUGACAAUAUCCCCCCUAAAACACUACAUUUGUCAGGUUUGAAAAUGCCUCUCAAAUUAGAGAAUGAAUGGUCGAUUUUGAUGCCUUUUUGUUUCUUGGUUUUCUUCGUGUGAUGAAAGGUAAUAACUUUUCUUAUGCGCACCUUCCCCCAUUGGGUUUCGUUAUGUCUGUGACCUAUAGAAAAUGUUGAACGAUGUCGUUUUAUUGACUCUUCAUAUUUGGUUUAUCUUUUUCAACGUUACUGUGUCUCACUUUUUUAUAAUUUUUGGCCUCAUCUUGGUAUUUAUUAUUGAUUGCUGCAUUACUGACAGUUUCAUAUGCUUUUUGUGCCACUGCACCAAACAUUCAUAGUUUUCUUUGUCCCGUUUAACGGCGCCUAUCAACCGUCUAUUGAAACAAGAUCUACUAAUUGGAGGCUACGUAAAAUGUGAAUAAACGAGACAUCAAUUUAGA